UAAUCAUUGGUCGGUAGAAUUCAAGGUUGGAGGAGCAGCGAGGAUUAAUUCCCAUCCAGCCUGGCCGGCUGUCGCUGCCUGAUCCCUCUCAUUUCAUCUCUUGCUCUUUCUCUCCUCCCGCCAGCUGUCCAGCACUCGCUACCUCUUCGCCCCACCCCGUCCGCCGCCGCCGCUCGUCGGCCGUGGAUAUGAAGCGUCAGCAUGGGUUUCAUGGAAUUUUACCUGGAGAUUGACCCCGUCACCCUCAACCUCAUCAUCCUGGUGGCCAGCUAUGUCAUCCUGCUCCUGGUCUUCCUCAUCUCCUGUAUCCUGUACGACUGCCGGGGCAAAGACCCCACCAAGGAGUACGCCCCGGACAACGCGCCGCCGCCGCCCAGCCAGUCGCCAAUCCGCCUGGUGGUCAUGCAGAACUCGCCUGCCUCCGCUCGAUAUGAGCCCAACCACACGGCCGAGCUGCAGACGCCCGACCUGAGCCGCGACAGGGGGGAGCGUGAGAAGCGGAGCACGCUGGUGUGAGGACCGGGGAGGGUUCAGGGGCGGCCCCGGACCUUUAAAUCGUUAAACGGCCUUGGCUGGUGCACGGCGGGCUUUGAGCUCAUCUGCCGAAAACACAUUUACCGCAAAUUCCAAAUUUCCCUUCAACGGUGUUCAACUGCAGGUGCAGCCAAUCAGUGAAGACCCCGCCCCCAACACGCGCUUUGGGACCAUUCACCUGCUGGCCAACUGCUCACGUGACCGAGCAGUCCGGAAGUGAAGCGUCAUGGACGUUUGCCUGCUCCUGUCACUCGUUGGACGUGGAUUUGAUUGGUUGUUUGGACCAGGAAGUGACCAUAUCUGGACGUGAACGUUUAUUUGGGGAAAUGUGGGCGCUUUUAAAAGCGUAUUUUUUUUUCAUGAUAAACACAACUAGGACUUUGUUGUUUGCUAACGCUAAUAUGUGAAAGUUUAACAAAUAAUAUCUUCACCCUAAGUUAGCAGUUCAUUCAUUUUCUACCCGUAUCCUCACGAGGGUGGAGGGCGUGCUGGAGCCUAUCCCAGCUGUGUUAGCAGUUUUUUGUUUCCUGACACGUGCUAGCUAGCUCAUCAAAACAAAGCUACCACGAAUAGUAAGUUUAUAACUCCCGUAUUUACUUCUCUGAAUCCAAAGAAUUCCCAUUUUCUUCCCGUCUUGGUCCAGAAUGUUCCCAUAUGAAGUUGAAACACGUGAAGGCCCAUGGAAGCGUUUCUGAUGGACACUCUCGGUCUCCACGUCGGUCCGCAGUGAGCAGCUUAAUCCGUCUUCUUCCCGAAGCCACCAAAAAGACCAGCCUGUCCUCCUCCGUGCUCAUUGGCCCAGACGCCGACGCCAGCCGCUCUUUGGAGGACUCGUGCCACCGAGGCCUCAGAGGGACAAAUCCUCUUACGUAAAAGAGCCCAGCGCUCCUCAUCUAUAAUAGGAAUUGCACAAUUAUCCGCCUGCUCCCAUAUUCCAUGUUUGUGGAUUAUACGCAGAGUAUUAGCACCGUG